AUGAAGCACCAGACUCGACGGAUCCUCCUCGAAAGAUGGCAGAGGUAUCUGGCCAAUGCCAGGUACGGCAGGAGGACCGUCGAGGCUGUCCGGCCCUUCCUACUCGAGUGGGUGGGAAGGGCCCAUGGGGCCCUAACUUUCAGGGCGGCGCAGGUGCUCACCGGGCAUGGCUGCUUCGGUGAGUACCUGUGCCGCAUAGGAAAGGAGCGCACAGCCGCCAGCCACCAUUGCGGACAUGGCCACGACUCCGCGCAGCACACGCUCCAGGAAUGCCCGGCCUGGAGCAACGAGCGCGGAGUCGUGGAGAGGAAGUUAGGUUGCGACCUUUCGCUCCCCAGUAUAAUCCGGGCGGUACUGGGGAGCGAAAAGAGGUGGGAAGCCUUCACCUCCUUCUGUGAGGAGGUGAUGGAGAAGAAGGAGCAGGCCGAGGAGGAGAGAAGGAGAGCGGAAGGGAGAGGCAUGCGCAAGAGACGGAGGGACCGCCACCGUUCUACCACGGCCUAUCACCAUGCUGUGUUUCACCUUAAUAGAUUUCCACCUGUCAGGGACUUACUGGUUAGGAUCUCCAAGAUUGGACUCAGCAAGUUAGAAUCUUCAAGGAUGGACUCAUCAAAUUAG